AUGAAGAAAUCCCAUUUAUCAUCGAUUGCCAAGUCUAUUUUGCUAGUUACCAUGGCAGCUUCAUCUACUACCGCCUCCGACGACGAUCAAACGCACGUCAACCACGACCUUUGCUCCGAUGACGACCAUUGUCUCAAUGGUGGUAGUUGUCAAGAAGGCAAUUCUGUGGUGCCUCAUCGCCAUUGUCUUUGUGGCCCUGGUUUUUCUGGCCCUACUUGUGAACGGUUUUGUCCUUUGGACUGUAAAAAUGGAUCCUAUUGUCAUGAGGCUCCCACGGGAGGAGCUAGUGGCUUGUUGAUAGACGAAGGUCGAAUAUACGAUCCAGAAGAUUAUAGUUGUAAAUGUUUUGGGCACUUCACGGGCGCACUAUGCGAGAUUCCAUACAAAGGAUGUGGAGACUCGGAGCGAUGUUACAAUGGUGGUGAAUGUGUCGCUGGGGACGACAUGCGUCAUCAUUGUAAAUGCAAGAAGGGAUACAUUGGGGAUUCGUGCGAGACUAGAACUUCGAUUGUGAUCAAAGAGGAAUCCAAUACGGCCUUGGAGGCAGUUUUAGUUUCGCUGGUCAUUUUCUUGACCGUGGCGUUGGCGUAUCUUCUAAAACGAAAACGUAUCAACAAACUGACUCCCGACUUUGUAGAGGUCCAACGAUUGGCAUUGGAGCACAAAAUGGCGGAGAUGCCCCAUGCAUCCUUUGACGACCAAUCGACCAUACACUUUGAAAAUCAACUGUCUGGACUGAAGCGUACAUCAGUAUUCGAUGAUGUAAGAAAAACUCUAUGGGGCGACCAAAAUAAUACUUCGCACAAAAAUCCUCGUGCUGGACCUUAUGAUGACGAAUCAUCAGCUUCUUCUGGUUCUAGCUUUGGAGAUGUUCAUAUCAUUUAA